AUGGACGAAGAAGCGGAUGAACUGGAGGAAACGGAGGCCAGCAGGCAUGCUAAGUAUGCGCAAGAACGAAUAGCGCUGAAGCACGCUGGGAAAAAUGAAAUGGGUAAUAAUGCGAAAAAAGUGGAUGAACAAGAUGAAGUGGAAGUACUAAAUGAGAAGCUUAAGCAAAAACAGUUGACGAACACGGGAGCAAUGAAAAUGGAGCAGCCUGGCAGCACUGAGAAAGCAAAUAAUCUUGAAGAAGUGGAACUAGUGAGCCCUUUGAAGCCUGAGCAAAAACAAGCCAGCAGCACAGGGGUAGUAAAACUUUUAAAGCCUGCUGAUAUCAAAAAAGAAAUAGAGGAUACGGAAGAAAUUGAGCUACUGGCUGGUCUAAAGAGAGCAAAGAAUAAAGCUGGUGCUAAGCGCAAGAAACCGAGUCAUGAAGAAGCGGCUGGCUCAGAAGAAGUAGAGGUCUUGGGUUUUGCGUGGCCGAAACGAAAACGUAUAACGAGACAAGCAGUCAGACGCGAAUUGCCUGAAGAAACGAAUAAUUCCAACGAACAGGCAAUAAGUAGCCGCACAAGAUCGCGGCAAGGGCGAGCGGCUGCGACCAGAAUAAAACGCUAUUUUGAAGAGGAAUCGGAAAGUGAGUCAUCUGAUGAGGAUGAAAAAACGGCCAGAUCUGGGACUUCCAGACGUACAGUAUCCAGCGAAAGACGAAAGACGGGUAGAGCUGUGGCACAGUCAGAGGACCUGGAAAAUGGCAAUGUAGCGGGCCCGGUGGAUCAGGACAAAUCAUCCGCAGAAUGUAAAUUCCGGAAUGGAGAAAUUGUUUGGGCUCAGUCGGAAAAAUCACCUUAUUGGCCCGGGAAAAUUUACUCAAUUAUCAGGAGCAGUGGAAAGAAUGGUGCUCUUGUCAUUUGGCUCGGUGUGGACACCUAUUCGCCUUGCAUAGAAUUCACUCGGCUGGAUAAAUUUGUGGAAAUGUAUGCAAAAAGGUUUAAUCCGAAGCGCAAGGAAGUUAGCUAUCAUAAAGCAGUGGCAGAAGGUAUCGUUGCGUGUCUGCCAUGCAGAGGCUAUUUUGAGAGGAAUCUCUCGUCGCAGGUGCACCGAAGUCUUGUCAAGGAUCACGAAAUGCAACUGGAUGAUGUUUUUAUUAUUCGAAAACGCAGAAAGAAGAUGGCAGGUGGCGUGAUUGCCAAGCGAAGGAAGCUUGGUAUUAAAAAGGAAAUUACAACGGAACUGACAGAGCCAGCUACGGAAUUUGGAGUGGAUCUGAUGCCGAAGCAGUCGGACGUGGUAGCACCGGAGAAGUCGAAUGUGGCAACGCCGGAGCAGUCGAGUGCACAAGCACUGGAGCAGUCGAAUACGGUAGGGGCGGAACAGUCAGAUACGCUAGUGCCAGGGCAGUCGAAUACAGUGGCGCCAGGAGAGUCGAAUACUGUAGCGCCAGGAGAGUCGAAUACUGUAGCACCAGGACAGUCGGAUACGGUGGCGCCAGGACGAUCGAAUACGAUAGCGCCGGAGCAGUCGAAUGUGGUUGCGCCGGAGCAGUCGGACGUAGUUUCACCGAGACAGUCAGGAAUGGUGGCGUCAGGGCAGUCAGAUGUGGUAGCGCCGGAGCAGUCAAAUGCGGUGGCGCCGGAGCAAUCUGAUAUGGGGCAGUGGGAUGCGGUAAAAUCGUACUCGCCGUCCGAGGAGGGUGAAUACAGGGACGAAGAGCAGCAACCAGCAGUGAAUUCGGCUGUGGUUCGAUAUGGAUCCGGUUAUGUGUCGGACGAUGAACCACAGCUGGUGAUCGUAGUGGAUUCGGAUGAGUCGAUGUAG